AAGACUUGAGGACUUAUUGCUGCAGAAUGAUUUCUAACGGGUUAUUUCAAUUUUGUGUCGCAGAUCUUUGGACUCGAAGUAUCAAGGGCACUUGGUAGUAUUGUAAGUAAAUAUGGUGAUGUUGUUAUGGAUUUGAAAGUGUUGGCGCUAAUUGUGAUUUCUGGCAUUCUUCGAAGAGCGCUGCUAUUGUUUACUUUCUGGUAGCAUGGAAGAUAAACAAGAAAUGAACAGGGUAAAUGAAACAACAAAAAUGGUAAUCAGAGGUACGGCUAGGUAUACAUUACGUUCAAAGAGAGAUGACGUUAAAACGGGCAAUGUGAAAGAAAAUUCGAAGGAAAAGAAAGAGCUUAAAAAGCCAGCUGCUGUGAGGAAACGAAGUCAUGUGAAAAUAAAUUAUGAGGUAGGAGAAACUUCUCAGUAUUUUGAUAAUACACAGUCAAGUCAAGAAAUAGUUGUAACUGAUGCACAUGAUGCAGACCAGGCGAAGAAAGGAAAAUGGGAACCCCAAAAUUGGCAACAAACAUUGGCUAACAUACGUGAGAUGAGAAAAAACAGAGAUGCGCCUGUAGAUGACAUGGGAUGUGACAAGUGUAUGGAUGAGGAGGCUGCCCCAGAGGUAAUGAGGUAUCAGUCCCUCAUCUCAUUGAUGUUGUCGAGCCAAACAAAAGAUCAGAUAACACAUGCUGCAAUGAUGAAGCUACGAAAACAUGGACUGACAGUGUCUAAUAUAUUAGCCACUGAUGAUAAACUACUAGGCGAACUGAUAUAUCCUGUUGGAUUUUGGAAGAGUAAGGUUAAUUACAUUAAGAAGACUACACAAAUACUAAAAGAUGAAUUUGGAGGUGACAUUCCAAAUACUGUUGAAGGUCUUUGCAAACUCCCUGGUGUAGGUCCUAAGAUGGCACAUAUCUGCAUGCAGGUGGCUUGGAAUGUAGUUAGCGGAAUAGGUGUUGAUACACAUGUGCACCGGAUAUCAAAUCGCAUUGGCUGGGUGAAAAAACCAACAAAAACACCAGAAGAGACUCGUGUUGCUUUGGAAUCCUGGCUGCCUCGAGAUCUGUGGACAGAAGUUAAUCACCUGUUGGUUGGAUUUGGACAGCAGAUAUGUCUACCAGUAAAACCACAGUGUUCCAGCUGUCUAAAUCAGCAGUUGUGUCCCUUUGGGCGCACGCAGACCAAAACAAAAAAAUGAAACGCACACAUCAAAGCUAGCUGCCAUUCAUCGCACCAACUAGAAAUAAUGUCAAGUCAUCUUGUACCUUCCUACAGUCACUUAAUGAUGACACCUUUCCGUUCACCUCAGCGCCAUCAACUAACAGCCAUAGAAUGCUGCUCAUCCUGUAACACCAUGAGUAGAGAACACAGUGUGGCAGAUAUAUCAGUGUGAUGUAUGUGGUCUAAGUUAGCUUUGGUUGUUCUUCCACCAUUACAGUUGCAGUUUAGUUUUGUUCUUAUGGACUGGCUACUCCGUAAGAGGAUUGUGUAUGAACUUAUUCCUCUUGACUUCAUAUCCAGACAGAAUGAUUCUAUAAGGGAGUGUCUCACCAAACAGAGUUGUACUGUGAAUGACAAACACAUCUUCUGCGAUAAUUUUCUGCAUUGUUCCAACAAUUUACAUUAGUUGUGAAGAUCGAUCCAAAUAUCAGUAACUCAUAAACUCAAACAAUUCAAUCAAUACAUCUGACCUCAUUGGACUCGACUUAAGAUCUAAAACUUACAAUCUUUAUUUGCCUUGAGCGUACAUCUUGUAGUAUGUCUGUUUCCCUGAGGUGUUCGUGACAUCUUUGAAGGGCAUCAUUAAGGCAUAAACUCCCAUUUUCAGCAAGUGCUGCUGCACUCACCUUGUCACGGCUAGCUCCUGCGUAUGCACAGUCCGCAGAUCGGGGUGCGCACAGUAAAUUGUUUCCAAUACACAAAAUGUGAGAGACAGCAAUCUUUCACUAGUGACAGCAUCCUCAGUGAAACAUAGGUCAUUCUCACAAAUAACCCUUGUUACACUACAGAUUCCCCCACUGAGACAAAAUAUGUCAUGCAAUACUCCUUUAACGCACUCAUUACAAUUAAAUGCUGAAUAUCUGGUAUCAUAUUACGAUUUGUUAUCUGUUUCAUUUAUCCUUAAUAAAUAAAUUGAAUGUUUUCUUUAAAUGUUCAUGCGUGAUUAUUUAUUUGGUCUUGAACAUUUAUCAUGGAAGAUGUCUCUUAGUAAUUGAGUAUACCAUGGUGUUCAUACUCAGUAGUUACACAAUCCAUAACAUAAACUGCAUAGACUGUAAUUUCAAUAGUUAAGGCUUUCUUUUAACUGGUACUUGUAUUACUGUCCAUGUUUAACACCCCUUGUAGUUGUCUCAUCAAAUACUGUUCAUAUUUUACUUUGCUUAUUUAUUUAAUGAAAACUGUUACACAGCCACUGCUUUGAUUAUAAUCUUAAUGUUAAAAUGCAGUACCACUACACUCUCAAACUGUAGGUUCCCUCAAACACCUCCAUUUUCCUGCAUUUAUUUAUUUCUGUUUAUUGUGUUGAUGUUGCUUAAGUUCCUUACGUAUUCUGUAGUUACAUUGAUAAUUGUCUCUUCUUUUAACUGGUUUGUGUAUCACUCUCCAUGUUUCAUACCUCCUCAUGUAGCCUUGUCUAGUACUAAUUUUAUUUUAUUUUAUUAGUUUUAUUUAUUAAUAGAAACUCCUAUGUACACAUGCUAUUCCUAUUUUGUGCUAAAGGUUUUCCUGUCUACUCCAUUGUUAUUUAUGUACUGUUCAAUUUUUACUUUUUCAUUGCAAAGAUGUUACUUACUGUAUGUUUCUACUUCAGUCUAGAUAUGUUACUUCUCUUCCAAUGUUGUUUGCAAACAUUUAACUUCUUUGGUGAUAACUCAGUAAAUGUCUGAAGAUGGCCUUGUAAGCUGAAAAUCGGUUAACAAUAAAAGUAAUAUUGUAGAA